ACCUCCCGUUAGCGCCCAGGAAGUUCGGCCCCGGAAAGGGUGGGCUCCGCAAAGAUGGCGGCUCCGGAGGUGCUGGACGCCGACGUGUCAAGUUCGGUGACACUUUUGAAAAACCUCCAGGAGCAGGUGAUGGGUGUGACGGCACAGGUACAAGCACUGACGAAGAAAGUUCAGGCUGGAACGUACUCCACAGAGAAGGGUUUGAGCUUCUUGGAAGUGAAAGACCAGUUGUUGCUCAUGUACCUUAUGGAUCUGAGCCACCUCAUCCUGGACAAAGCUUCAGGAGGAUCUCUGCAGGGACACCCUGCAGUUUUGAGGCUGGUGGAAAUCCGCACGGUUUUAGAAAAACUUCGUCCCUUGGACCAAAAACUGAAGUAUCAAAUUGACAAGCUGGUCAAGACUGCGGUGACAGGCAACCUCAGUGAAAAUGACCCGCUUCGUUUUAAGCCCCAUCCCAGCAAUAUGAUAAGCAAGUUGAGCUCUGAGGACGAAGAGGAAGAUGAAGCAGAGGAGGGCCAGUCUGAGGCUUCAGGGAAGAAAUCUGUAAAGGGAGCGGCUAAGAAAUACAUCCCACCACGCUUGGUUCCAGUGCACUAUGAUGAGACAGAAGCUGAGCGUGAGCAGAAGCGCCUGGACCGCGCCAAGAAACGAGCCCUGAGCAGCUCUGUCAUCCGUGAGCUUAAGGAGCAGUACUCAGAUGCCCCAGAGGAAAUCCGUGAUGCCCGGCACCCUCAUGCCACUCGCCAGAGUCAGGAGGAUCAGCAUAGGAUUAACUAUGAAGAGAGCAUGAUGGUGCGCUUAAGUGUUAGCAAGCGAGAGAAGGGACGGCGGAAGCGAGCCAGCGUUAUGUCCUCCCAGCUCCACUCCCUCACACACUUCAGCGACAUCAGUGCUUUGACAGGAGGAGCCCCCCAUCUUGACGAGGACCAGAACCCUGUUAAAAAGCGGAGGAAGGUACCUAAGAAAGGCCGGAAGAAGAAAGGUUUUCGGAGGCGCCGGUGAUGUACACUUUGUCAUCCUGGAGUCUAUUGUCACUGUAUGUGGCUAUUUUCCUUGGGCCUGCUGGCCUUGGAAAUGUGGAAAGAUCUUUACUAAAUAAAACUGCUUUUGCUUAUGAAUGAAA